AUUUUUUGAAAAGGGACAGGAAGCUAUUCGAUAGACAGUGGAAUAGCAAAAUACUGCUAAACAUCUUCCAAGAUUUAUAAUUUAAAAGUUCGUUAAAAAUAGACACAAGAGGACUAUAAUAUCAGCAUAAACAUGUCGCUAGUCUUUAGCAUUGAUAAUAACUGUGAUAACUGUUCAAACAAUGACAAAAUCUGCAAACUUGCAGUAGCUUAUCGAUGCUCUGCAUGCAAUUUCAUCAAUUGCAUGAUGUGUAGUAAAACGCAUGACAAUGCAUGCGAUAUAUUCUACAAGAGCAAUAAAGACAUAUCAAUUGUUUCGACGAGCUCAUUAAAGUCGCAAAAACAAAAAUCUGAACAAAAAAAGAGACCCUCAAACAUCCAGGAUCUUGAAAUUGGACAAAAAUUAUUGAGUAUUUCUAAUUCAGAGGAAUUGUCUAGCGCACCAAAGAAACCAAAAAUUAUGAAGCGCAGAUGUACGAUUUCAGCAGGUCCUGUGACUGUUCAUCACGAAAAAGUCGAUGAAAUCUUGCCACCAACAUUCAAGUGCAAUACAUGUGACUCUGAUUAUAAGUCAAAGAGCUCAUUAGCUAGACACAUGAAGACUAUCAAGCACGCAGUUAAAGUCAAGAGUUUAAAAGGUAUGGCACUCAAAUUGACAAAAAAGAAUCUAUUAGAAAGAACGGGGAUUAUAUGGGGAUCAAUAUUUUGGAAUUCGUACUUUUUAAAGAUCCAGGAAAUUUAUUAUAGCACUGGAACUAACGAAGAAUAGAUUUAGAUCUUUAUCUAUAUUUUGAGUGCAGGAACAUUUUAAUAGGAGAUAUUCUCGAAACAUUUAGUUUAUAAGAAGAAAACGUUUCUUAGAAUUUUUAAGUGCCUGUCUAGUCCUGUCUUUUGACGCUUGUUUCUAGAUAUUAAGCAUGUUUACAGUUCCCUGAGACGUAAAAUAAAGUUAUGCAAAGUUAAAUUUUGAGCAUAAAGACAAGAUUUUCCUACUUUAAAU